AUGGCUGAAAACAAAGUAAACAUUACGGAUAAUCUAGAAACACUCAAAGAAGGCGAAGUGGUGACAGAUGAAAAGACUGGAAAGAAGUACCGUGUCAAGAAGAACAUUAUGCCACACUAUUCGGCUGGUGGACCACAUGGUUUAGGUGAUCCAGAAGAUCGAACACUUCGUAAAAUCGAGGCAGAUGUUAUUAUUCCGAAUCGAAUGAACACACAAAUCGAGCGUGUUGAAUGCAAUGAAUCCUAUAUGGGUUUGAUCACCUGUUUCCGAACCGAUGGUGCUGUUUCCGGACUGAACACGUGUAAACCGGCUCUUGAACUUUUCAAUCGAUGUAAAUAUGACAAAUUCCACGAUCCCGCAUUCCGAACCAAGAUUACCGACGAAUACAUUGCUGAACGGUCAGCUGCGCGAGCCAGUGGAAUGACUUCCCAGCAAAGAAAGUUAGAAGAAUAUCGAGAUUGGAAGAAGAAUACCGAGUCUAAAUAA